UCGCGAGAACUGAGAACUUCGUUGUGGAAAUAAAGCCAGAAAGUUUGUGUUUUGCUAGUUUAACACAAAUACGACGUUAAAUCUGUUCGUAAACAUUAGACAGGCGUUGUGGGUGUAAUUACGUUCUUUAAGCUUUGGACAAUGCUUUAUGUUAAUUAUUUUUGCACUAAGAUAAAAAUGUGACUUCCGCAUCCGUUAGUUUUCAUUUCGCGGGUCAACACGAAAGAGCCAGCAUCAAACUGUCGUUUUUAUGGAAAUACACCAACGAACGACAUAUUCCACACUCAUUGGGACGAUUUGACAUUUUUUGUAAACUUAUGCCAACGUUAAAUCCGUGUUUGAACAUAUAUUUUAACAGUUGGUGUAUCGUUUCUUACGUGUCACCGUAAAGCAAUAAAGUCAAAGUGAAGACAUCCAGACACAAGCAUGUCACUGCUGUCCGUGGUCGAGCAAACCAUCAAGUCAUGCAAAGCCGAACAAGCCAAGAUUAAUGACAGCAUUCAACUCUACAAAGAAAUAUUACAGACCUUAACACCACAACCUGUGAUCAAGAUGGGCUCUGAGGAGUCAGAAUGUGCAGAUGCUACUGCUACAGACACAAAUACCUCACCAGAGGAGCAGGAUGAUAUAGAAUUGCUUGAGCGAGCACUGGAGAAAGCCCUUCGGGUCCGCACUGGCUCAGGAGCUUCUAAAAAAGACCCAGACAGAAACAAGCAAUCUGGACCUUGGAAGGAACCGGGUGCUUCAGCUGUCAUGUCAAAAGAUGUAACACAGUCAUCCGGACCAUCUAAAGGAGGUCAAACAACUGUCAGAUCAACCUCUAAAUCUGCCAGUCUUGACAGAAAAGAGCACAAAAAACCUGGAUCAUCUGUAUCCUCCACACUAGAUUCAAAACUUUCAGCAAGCAACAAUCCUGGACGGUCCAAAACCACAAAUAAUAGAAGCGUAAUCCAUAACCGUGUUGUGUCAUCAGCUGGGGUUGUGCAUCAUCAGGCAGCUAGGAAACUGCAGCAGACUGGUUCAGCGUCUGGCUCUCUUGAUCACAUCUCAACCUUGCACUCUAAAAACAAAACUGUUAAAAGCAGCGUGUUGAGUGGUGAUGACCUGGACAAAGCUGCAACUAUCUCUGCACAUUCUUCAAAUAACACAGUGCCCUUUUCUUACACACAUGAAUCUGGAGCUCACAGUUUGUUUCAACACAAUGGAAUACCUUCUGAGCAGACAACAAAAUGGAAAUCUUUAAGGAGCAAGCAAAACAGGUUAUGGGACAAAGUUAUUGCCCUACAAAGGAAACCUGUGCCUGGGAGGAGUCAGUUCAUGGAGAGAAUGAGAACUACGUUCCCUAAGGAUUGGCCGUGUGGCAGCCCAGAUCAGACCAGGGUUCUGGUCGACAGGCUGACUCACCGAGGGCACGACCUCGCCCAGCGCUGCCAGACAGAGGAGCUUCUGGCCAAAUCCACUCCAGGAAUGGCCACAAAGCUGGGUGAUGGGUUGCAGAUGACAGCAACAGAACUCAAGGACUUUGCAGACCAAGUGAAACAAGAGUGGGAAGCAUGGGAUCGAUGGAGGCCAGAGGGAGGUUGUCUUUGCCCCACUGGGGCAAAUAGUGUGUGGGAAGAUGGGAUAAUUGCACCCCUGCCCCUGACUAUAACCUACACAACAGAGGCAGAGCUCCAAGAGCUGGAGAAGCUGAGGAUGCGGGUGGCACUGCUGCAACAAGAGAUUAACCUCGAACAGGCUCUGUUGGACACUCUUUCCCCUCAGCUCUCAUCAAUAGCACCUGGGUCUGGAUGUCCCAACCCCAGUGUGCUGAGAGACCUGUACUCUCUGCUAGGUGAAGGAGGGGAGCGAUUUCCUGCCAUCGUCCUGGAUUCUGAUCCUGAUUGACCACAGAACAUACAGUAUUAUACUGAGUUACCAGUUUAUUAGGUAUUAUGUCCUGCUUUCCUCACGAACAAAAGAAAAAUAAAAUACUACAAACACC